CGCGAAAUUGCCAUGCAAUUUCCAAUACAAAUUAACAAAUGCUGCUGCCGCCAAUUACCUGUAGCUUCUUUGCAAUUCUCAUUGGCCAUUUCCACUUUGAUUUAAUGUUCAAACCCACCAACAACCAAUUUGCAUCAUAAUUUCCUUCCUAUGCAAUCAAUCCCUAUAUAUAUUUAUAUAGUACAAGGUUUUUUGUUUGUUCUAUCCGAGAAUUUCUUCAUAGUUAUCAAUGGCUUUGAGUAGUAUUGCUAGCAAGUCACUGAAGAAAUGGUUCACAAACAAGAACACUCUAAGGCAAAUUAGCCUUCCUCUCUUUCGACACUUGAAAUCGAAAUCUUCAUCUCAAUCUGAUCAAAUCACCCUUUUCGCCAACAAUUCAUGGCCUAGAAAGAGCAUAAUCAGCCCGAGCAAAGAAGACGAACUUCGACAAGUUUUUCGCUUCUUCGACGAGAACAAAGACGGGAAGAUCUCAGUGGACGAGCUCAGGUCGUAUUUCGUGUCUGUAGGGGACUCGAUGUCUCGCGAAGAGGCGGCAAAGGUGAUAAACGAGUUCGAUAAAGAUGGGGACAGCUUGUUAGAGUUUGGGGAGUUUGUCGAAUUAAUCGAGCAAGACGAGGAGCAAGGUGAUCAUGUGAAGAAAGCUUUCGAGAUGUUUGUUGAGGUUGACAAAGGAUCAUCAUCAUCAUCAUCUUCAUCAUCUGGAUGCAUCACUCCAAGAGGGCUACAACAAGUUUUGAAACGACUUGGAAAUGUGAAAUCGUUUGACGAGUGUAAAGCCAUGAUAGGAGUUUAUGAUCUUGAUGGAAAUGGCGUGCUGGACUUCAACGAAUUUCAAAGGAUGAUGUCCUGAAAAACAUUUGAUAUUUGGGGG